AUGCCUUCUUUCACCAAAGUCAUCGCCGCUGUCGCCGGAUGCUCUGCCAUGGUCAACGGCGCUGUCAUCCCAGCCGAGAACGGCCUUCACACCACCACUCUCCAGACCCGAGACACAGCCAAGGGCACUGAUCAUAUUCUCAGCAAGCGUGAACCGGUCACGAUCGCUAUCCUUACUGCGGCUGGUACCGCAGCAGCUACCGCUAUUGUCAACGAGGCCGUCAAAGCUGCCGCCGCUUUCAUCGGUGACAUUUCCAACUUUGACGCUGGCCGCGAAGCCUUCACUGUCCAAACCACUGAGUCCAUGAUGGCUAACAACCCCGACCCCGAGCGUUUCCAGGCCGCUGCCUGCUACAACAAAGCCUUUUCGGUUGCUGAUCCUGCCAACAUCGACGGACAGUCCUCUGUUGAGUUCAGACUUGGAAUCCUCAACACUGAUUACGAGUGCAUGUACAUUGCUGCCCCUAACCAGUUCUUCACUGAGGGAGAUGGUGGCCUCAUCAACCUUUCCUUUACACAUACCGAUCGAUGCACUUUUGACCCGGAAACUGCUGAUCUCACUUGUGUUUAA